AAUACUAUCAAAUAUACAUCUAUCAAGUUAUUAUUAUUUUUUGUAUAUUUGCAGCUGGUAGCUGGGUUAUUAGGAGUAGAAUCAGCACAGGACGCAGUGAUCCGCACGCUGCUCUACGAGAAAGCAAGCUUGAAGGUGCAUCCCUACAACAUCUCCGUAGCAGAGUUCACCGACAAGAUCUCCGUUCUAAGGAACAAGCUCGGCGGCGCCGGCUUGAAAGACGAGGGUAUAGUGGUGGCGCCGGAGCUGGGAGCGGAAGGAAAGAUAUCCGGCAACGUGAUCGCCGGCGAUGAGAACUCGGUGGCGUACGGCCGGACGCCGGAGGAGAUACUGAAGAUAGUGUAUGGGAAUGGGAACGAGAGCAAGCCGGGUGGGUUCUUCCCC